AUGGCGUUGAAGAAGAAGAAGAAGAAGAACAGCGACAGAUAUGCAGACUUCACUUUUGUCAACAUAUCCCGGCCCGAUGACUCGAGACAAAGAAGCACCCAAAGAAUUGUUCGGCACCAUGUCAUGGCUCGUGUUGCCGAGUCACGGAAGAAGCCUCCAAGAUUCGUUACUCUGGCGGUGAGGCUACCUUCGGCGGAAGUCGAUAGCGUUGUCAUUGAAGACAACGAGGAAGCAUCUGCUCAUAGGGCAGGUCAAGACCUGCAUUGUUAUGAAGAGGUUCCUCGUUCGCUUCAUCCGUAUGCGUUGUUUCCUGUGGAAACAAAUGGUAGAGCCCGCCAAUUGAUCCAGUUCAUGCAAAUUGAGGGAGAGUACCUCUAUCGACCUUUCCGAAAUGAGUGGUUUACGAUGGCCGUCAUUGAUUGCACCGCGUUCUACCUCUCACUGGCAAAUGCAGCGUUAUUCUUCCAUCAGAUGACUGAACGCAGAGGUUGUGAGUACGGCGAUUUUGAGGAGUCCUCAAGGUACCUGAGCCUGUGUCUCAACCAAGUCGCCCAGAGGCUUGGGAGGGAGUCCCAUAAUAUCAGUCAGGGCGUCAUCACGACGGUUUUGGGGUUUCUCUGCCAUGAUUCUACCGUCGGCAGAUGGGAUCGCUACGCUGUCCAUAUGAAGGGUCUGGACAACAUCAUCCGCCUUCGAGGGGGCCUCCAGGCUCUGAACAGCAACACCGUCAUGUUCGCCUCCUGGUACGGGCAACCCGUGAACAAACUCCUCGCACGUAUUCGUAACGCCUCUGAGGGACUUGCGGAUACGGCAUUCGCCCUUGAAAAAGCUGCACAGCUGGCAGCGUUUGUGAAUGUUGAUAGGGGUAAUCCUCUGUUUUGGAAAGCUGGCGCCACCGCAGCGAACCGAAUUACACCUGUGCUCCAUUUUCUGCUUUCAUUACGACGGCCGACCGACGAAGAUUCGUAUAGCUAUCCCUUCUCGGAAGUGAUACUCCGCGAAGUAGUCAGACUCGCCUUACUCAUCUUGGUGGCCAGCGUAAAGCAAGCUUUUUCGCUCAUAGCAGACGAGCUCGCCAUACUGCAGCAGCGAUUUUCGGCUCUCGUCCCAAUGGCGCCUUGUAUCGACACGUCCUUUCCGGAACUCAGCCUUUGGGCUAUUAUUAUGGUCCAUUCAAUGCCAUCGAACCAAUCCCACAAACUGGACGCGAGAGCUACUGUCGACUUGAUGAGAGCCAUGGGGAUUAGCAGUGGCAAGUCUGCCAUUAACGUCGCGAAGGAUCUGAUCUGGAUCGACGAAUUGAUGGAAAUGAAAGUCCCAGAAAUCAUCCUCGAAAUUGACCACGCCUUGUGCUCCUCUGAGACAGAUCAGGGGACUAGAAUUUCAGCACGCUUCCUGGCGGACUUGAAGUGA